GAUACCAUGGUGAUAGGAAUAGACACAAUUCUUGUUUUAUUUUUAUGAUCAUGCAAAUCCAACGGUAAUAUAAAAACAGCCAGUAUUGUGAACUUUGUUCCUUAAAUGUGUUAUUGGUGUUAAAGUUGUUCGCCACUUACGUUUCGUGAAGUGACUAUUUUAAGAAUAUUUUUUUUUAUGUAAUUUUCUUCUUUUUUUGUGAAACUAACUAAUCUGUGAAAAUGAAAUUUCAACACGAAUGGAGAAUUCAAGUGCCGUGGGGGCAGCUGGCUUUGAUCAGCCGAGGGCAUCCAGAUGGAGAGCCAGUGUUCCUGGUCCACGGGAGACAGGACAGCUCCUCGAUCUUCACGCCCCUCAUCAACAUGAUGACCGAUCAGUAUUAUUACGUGGCACUGGAUAUGCCUGGUAACGGACUCUCUGAUGCCUUUCCGAAGGCCGCCUCAGAGAGGGAGGACCCGGAUCAUCUCCGUUACGCGGUGUAUUUCGACACACCACCUAAACCGAGCGAGCCGUUUGUAGACUUCUGUAGAAAUCGUAUGUUGACGUAUAAAAACAAAAAUCCAAGAUCCGGUCCGAAGCUAAUGAGGUUCCACUUCCUGUACGCUAUGGAGCUGGCCAUCGCACACCUUGGAUGGGAGAAGUUCAUCUUUAUGGGACAUUCUAUGGGAUGUGAACAAGGUUUAUUCUAUAACGCGAUAUACCCGGACCGUAUAACAAAGAUGAUCCUCCUGGACGCCGGGCCGACGCUGAUGAGGAUGCAGAUCGAGGACCCAGCGGAGUUCCAGAGGAUAUACUACGAUACUUACUACGAUAACUAUCAUCAUGAGAAUUUCGAGACAAAGCUAUACACAAGGAACACAGCCACUGAAGCGCUGAAGCGGCUCCGAGAUCUGAACGACCCGCAAUGUGCAUUCCUGCUCCAAAGGAAUUUUCAUGAAAUCGACGAUCGGAGUUGGCACCAACUCGAAGAAUGGCAUUCAGGAGAAAUGAUAAGACGAAGACAAGAACAGGCUCGUUUCCAAGAUGUAGCCAGCUCCUCAAAUGAUGCACGGAAUCCACUUGAAGGGAGAUCUGAAAGCCCAUCUCCAAUGUUGGAGUUCGAGUCGGAUUCUGAUGAUGGAUCAGCGGUACAGAAGAUGAGGAACCCUGGUCCUCCAUUGACUACUUCGCAGCUGGUUGAGCAGUAUAUGAGGCAGUACAAGCUUCGGUUUUCCGGUGAACUAGGCACCCUGAACGGUGAUAAUCCAGAACGUCUAAGAGUAUCGCGCGAUGUACCGAAGUCAACGACCUGCCCGGACGGGACGCCAGCGUUGGACCUCAGUCAAAUCAUUAAACAUAUGCGGGAACAUGAUCCUGUUGGGUACUUAUCAUGGGACAAUCGUCUAAAAAACCUCGCGCCCCAAAAUUACGGGAACGAUUACUAUUUCGAAUUAUUUAAAACUAUACCGCCAUCGUUGUUUGUGGUCGCUAGCGAUGGCAUGAAAAGCGCGCCAAAGAAUCCAAUAUGGCGGGAGCGCGCCAUGGAGCUAAUAGAUAGAUUGUCAAAAUUAAAUAAUUUCAAUCGCGUCGAUGUCGAAGGGAGCCACGAUGUCCAUUUUACUCACCCUGAAAGAGUGGCUCCUCAUGUUAUUAAGUUUUUAAAAGAUAAUAAAAUCAAUUCGAAGUUAUAAUAUGUUUUUGUUUGUUUCUUUUUUUGGUAAAAUUCUGUCUGAUUCAUUGUUAAAGGUGGUGUAUAAGUUUUGAAACUAUUAUAUUUAUUAUAAUUGAGUAUAUUUUAGUGAGAUAUGAAUUAAAUGAAUUAUACGAAUGAUAAGUGUGGGAGAGCCAUG